AUGAACUCAAGGAGGAGGCAACUUGCCAUCACCUUACAGAACCCUGAAACCAAGUAUCCGCUGCCCCUGAUUGAGAAAGAGCAAAUCACCCACAACACCAGGAGGUUCCGCUUUGCACUGCCCUCAACAGAACAUGUUUUGGGGCUUCCUGUAGGUAACUAUGUCCAACUCUUGGCCAACAUUGAUGGUGUCCUGGUGAUCAGAUCAUACACACCUGUGUCCAGUGAUGAUGACCAAGGCUUUGUGGACUUAAUUAUAAAGAUCUACUUCAAAAAUGUGCACCCGAAUUAUCCAGAGGGAGGGAAGAUGUCUCAAUACUUGGACAACAUGAAGAUCGGGGACACCAUUUUUUUCCGAGGGCCCACUGGGCGCCUGUUCUAUCACGGGCCAGGGAAGUUUUCGGUCAAAGCGUACAAAACGAGUAAGCCCGAAGAAAAACGAGCCAGUCACCUGGGAAUGAUCGCUGGGGGCACAGGGAUCACGCCCAUGCUGCAGCUCAUCCGCCACAUCAUCAAGAACCCGCGCGACAAGACCAGGAUGGCCCUCAUCUUCGCCAACCAGACAGAGGACGACAUCCUGAUGAGAACGGAGCUCGAAGAAGUCGCCACAACUCACCCGGAGCAGUUCACCCUGUGGUACACCCUGGACAGGCCUCCUCUUGACUGGAGAUACAGCACGGGCUUCAUCACCGCCAACAUGAUCCAGGAUCACCUGCCUGCUCCCAGCAAGUCCACGUUCAUCCUGGUGUGCGGCCCACCACCCCUGAUCCAGACAGCCGCUCACCCGAACCUGGAGAAACUGGGCUACCCCAAGGACAUGAUCUUCACCUACUAA